AUGCCGAUCAAACCGUCGCCUACAACAUGGACACUCCGCUUCAAACAGUCCAACACAACCAUUCUCUUGGAAGUCGACCCUCUACAGAAGCUUUCCUUGGUGCGAACUGAGCUCCUGCACGCUCUCCACGAAACCAACCCAUCGGGCAAACUCAAUGGCCACGAGAUUCCCCAAAACGCAGACGAAAUCUUGCUGGGACGAGCGAUUGAUCGCAACAGGCUUGCACUUGGCUACACCGACAUCGACAAAGAUGCCACCGAGAGCAACGGCGAUGUCACGGGCAAAGGCAAGGCGCCGGUGGGAGCUCUCAAAGCGAAGCCAGGGAGUGCCAAGCUUACAGACUGUCCGCAAGGCGCUGGCUUCAGAGAUCGAGAUGUUGUGGCCUUCAAGUUCCGCGGAGAUGAGGAUGGCGAGGAUGUGGUGGAGAAGUGGGAUGUGAAGAUCCCCAGCAUGGAGGAGACGUAUGGGGAAGAAGACGAAGGACUCGGGAUGGAGGAGRUUUGA